AUGUCCAGCUCUGCACUGCUAUGCUGCCUGGUUUUGCUGGCUGGGGUGGAGGCCUGCCAAGCCCAUGGCAACCAGUAUGAGAACAACUGCGUCCACUUCCCGGCCAACCUGCCCUCCAUGCUCCGGGAGCUCCGCCUGGCCUUCAGCAGGGUGAAGGUUUUCUUUCAAACAAAGGACCAAGUGGACAGCAUGCUGUUGAGUGGGUCGCUGCAGGAAGAGUUUAGGGGUUACCUGGGUUGCCAAGCCUUGUCAGAGAUGAUCCAGUUUUAUCUGGAGAAGGUGAUGCCCCAGGCUGAGAACCAAAGUCCAGACAUCAAGGAGCAUGUGAACUCCUUAGGAGAAAAGUUGAAGACCCUCAGGCUGAGUCUGCGUCGCUGUCAUCGAUUUCUGCCCUGUGAAAACAAGAGCAAAGCCGUGGAGCAGGUGAAGAGCGUCUUCACUAAGCUCCAAGAGAAAGGAGUCUACAAAGCCAUGAGCGAAUUUGACAUCUUCAUCAACUACAUAGAAGCCUACAUUACAAUGAGGAGGCAACAGUGAAACCCCCCUUGGGAGCCC